CGGGAGAGCCCAGUCUGUCUGCGUGUUGCCAUCCGUCCUCGUGCACAACCAGGCAGGAGGGGGCUCUUCUUGGUCAUGCUGCUGUCGGGCUGUCAUGCUGGAAUUACUUUUUUAAAAAACUGAUGGCACCUUGGCGCUAGUGCUGCACAUGCUGAAUACACUUGGAGGGUUGAAAUGAAAAAGGCAUCCGUCAUGAUACCCUCCUGGGAAGCUGAUGGGAUGGAGACUACAACAAGACGGAGUGUUCGGAAGAUGCCAGAAGGUUCCAGCACUAGCCACGGACCAGUAUGAAGUGCCGCCGGUGGUCCUGCAGCGCCUGACAGCCACCCUGCAGAGGCUCUCCCACACAGGCUUUAAGUGGCAGGACGACUACACCCAGAACAUGAUGGCCCAGGAGCUCUCAGAUCUUCCCCAGACCUACCCGCGACACCUGGAUGCCCCUAGCACAGCCAGGACGUCAAAGCUGAGCAUGGAUCAGGACAGGCGGUAUGGCCUAGAGGAUGACCGGGCUCUGGCCAAGGCCAUCCAACGCUACCUGCAGGCCCUGUCCCAGGCUGUGGCUCUGAACAUGCGCCCCAGGACAAAGCACGACCAACCACUGACUCAGGGUGAGGACCCCCGUGUGGACGGCGUUCUGACCUUCAUGGCACAGACCUCUGCCCUGACUUAUGCUCCGGGGCCCCGAGCCAAUCACCCCGGGGGCCGCCCUUUGUGGACCCGUGGCCAGCUGCAGCCUGACGAGCUCAGCCCCAAGGUGGAUGGUGGUACCGACAGGCAGAGCCUGGUUGCUGCACUGAGCACCUCUGCAGCUCGGAAGUCCCCAGCACCCCACAAUGAAGGCGACCUGGGGCCCCAAAACAUGCCACGUGCACCCUGGAAAGCAGCAAGGGUCCUUUCGGCCCCAGAAGCCCUGCAGAAAUGGCCUUCACCUCCAGGAGACCCCAAGAACCCCCCUGCCUUGGGCGAUGAAGCACUGAUCCAGAGUCUCCUGAAGGACCUGGGAAAGCCGCCAGUGCGUGCAGAGGGUGUGAGCCCCCUGGACCUUGGCAACAUGGCCCACAUGAUUGCUACCGCCAUGCAGGGUGUGGGUACUGACCCAGAGCUUCAUGGUGCUGAGAAGGGAGCCCCAGGAAAGCCAGAAGAAGCCAUGCAGGGUGGAGACGGUCCACCAGGUGACCGAGUGCCCGACGGGGAAGAUGCACGUUACAAAGAGGUCCAUCGUUUGAGCCUUGAACUCGGAGACCAGCUGCUGGAUCCUGGAUCCCAACUCUUUCUGGCCACCCCCCUCCUCUCGGAGACAAAGAAGUCAGAGACCCCACAGACAGUCCCGACAUGGGAGGAGGAGGGCGCAGGGGUGGAGGACGUGAGGAGUCAGACCUACUCCAAGGAGCGGCUGGAGAGCCCACAUCCUGCAGAGUCCAGAUGGGGCAGCUCCAGCGAGCUCCAGCCCUGGAUUCUGGGGCCCCCACAGGAUGAUGCCCCCCUCGAUGCCCAGGGACAGCCUGGUGAAGGCCUACGGCUGGAGGUCCGGCCCUCCCAGGAGGAGCUAGGCUACAUCGUGACUGGGAAUGACCCCCUGAGCCCAGGAGAUGGGAAGGAGCUGCUGGUGAGCGUCGCGCGUCUCCUGGAGGUGCCGAUGAGCGUCUUCGCAGACAUCACUGUUCUGGGCCCAGCGGUGACCUUCAGGGUGAGCGCCAGCAUCUGGAACCUGACGACAGCAGAUGUGGUGCAGGCCACAGUUAACAACAAGGAGAAACUGGAAGCGGCAUCCGGACUGAAAAUUCUUCACGUUGGAAGCGGGUUGAAAAGCAAGCUCAAGCUUCUACCGCAAGGAGCAGAGCAAGAGGACUCGACCCCGUUCAUCGUGCUCACCCUGGUCUCUGUGGUGGCCAUGGUUGGGGUCCUGCUGGCCUCGAGUGUCAUCUACUGCCUGCGCCACGCGUCCCACUCCAGGCUACAAGAGAAGCUUUCGGGAGUAGGGGACCACUCUGGCCCAGAUGCUACAGCUGCCUAUCAGGAGCUGUGCCGGCAGCGCAUGGCCAUGCGCCCAUCUGAACGCCCAGAGGCCCCGCACACGUCGCGCAUCAACAGCGUGUCAUCCCAGUUCAGUGAUGGGCCGAUGGCCAGCCCCUCUGCCAGGAGCAGCACAUCGUCCUGGUCCGAGGAGCCCGUGCAGCCCCACAUGGACAUCUCCACCGGCCACAUGGUCCUGGCCUACAUGGAGGACCACUUGAACAACAAGAACCGGCUAGAGAAGGAGUGGGAGGCGCUCUGUGCCUACCAGGCCGAGCCCAACAGCUCGCUCGUGGCCCAGAGGGAGGAGAAUGUGCCGAAGAACCGCUGCCCGGCGGUGCUGACCUAUGAUCACUCCAGGGUCCUGCUGAAGUCAGAGAACAGCCACAGCAGCUCAGACUAUAUCAACGCCAGCCCCAUCAUGGAUCAUGACCCUAGGAAUCCUGCCUACAUCGCAACCCAGGGCCCACUGCCUGCUACCGUCACCGACUUCUGGCAGAUGGUGUGGGAGAGUGGCUGCGUGGUCAUCGUCAUGCUGACCCCCCUCUCGGAGAACGGUGUCCGGCAGUGCUACCACUACUGGCCAGAUGAAGGCUCCAACCUCUACCAUGUCUACGAGGUAAACCUGGUGUCUGAGCACAUCUGGUGUGAGGAUUUCCUCGUGAGGAGCUUCUAUCUGAAGAACCUUCAAACCAAUGAGACACGCACCGUGACCCAGUUCCACUUCCUGAGCUGGUAUGACCAGGGAGUGCCUUCGUCCGCGAGGUCCCUCCUGGAUUUCCGCAGAAAAGUAAACAAGUGCUACAGGGGCCGCUCUUGUCCAAUAAUUGUUCACUGCAGUGAUGGCGCAGGCAGGAGUGGCACGUACGUCCUGAUCGACAUGGUUCUCAACAAGAUGGCCAAAGGCGCUAAGGAGAUUGAUAUCGCCGCGACCCUGGAGCACUUGAGAGACCAGAGGCCAGGCAUGGUCCAGACCAAGGAGCAGUUUGAGUUUGCACUGACGGCCGUGGCGGAGGAGGUGAACGCCAUCCUCCGGGCCCUCCCACAGUGAGCGUCCACCUCCACCACUGGCCAGGAGGACCCCACACCCCUGGCCGUGUCCUCGGUGCCCCUGCCUCAUCGCCAUCACCGUCAAUGCAGUCUACCGGGUACAAUGUGCAUCUGUGUUCAACCAAAUCAUAAUUGGGAGAGGUUUGUGGGAUCGUCCAAUCACAGGGACAGUCACUUUUUCUGUGUUCGCUUCCUUGAAAGAAAAAUUACUUUUCCUUAAAGCACAUACUCACCUUCUCAAUUGCAAACUGUGUCGUAGCAACGACGCAGUCCAAUGUGCCCUGGACUGUCUCCAGGGAGCGCUGAAGGUUGGGUCAGCUGUGCAGGGAGGGGACCCAGGGAAAGCUGGCCAGGCACCACCUGAAGGCCGAGGGCACCGCAAAGAUGUGGCACUUGUCUUUAGGACGACUUAUCACUGGGAGGAACCCCUGGCUUAUUCAGGAGCUAGAGCAACAGACUGUUAACUGCUCUGCUGCUCUGGGAUAUAUAAUAAUAAAACCGUCACUGCCCCCCCCGUGCUCCCCACGCUCCCCGACGCCCACUCCCGGCACUGUUGACACCCACCCCGGGAUGGGCAGGGGCCCCAGGGCACCGCCUCGCAGGCCAGCCACCCCAAGUGAGGCCUCACAUAGGCAGCCAGUCUAGAGACACACUUAUAACUUUAAAAUAUGGGUUUCCACAUUGCAAAAGCAGAUGCAGCCAACAAACUCUUUCCUUGGGGGUAAGUAACCAGAAUCAGGGGAGCCGGUCUGGCAGGUCAGAAGCUCCAGGGCCCCCGAGGAGCAUGAGGAACCCCCGCCCCCAUCAGGCACCUCUGCUGCCCUCCCAGGGUGUGUCCUGGGCCCUGUGGCUUCCAGAGCAGACCCUGGGUACCCCAUUCCCAGGAGGAGACGCAGGGUGACAUGUAUUUUUCUGCUUUGCUGGGUGUGACAUCAUAGCACCAGGGAGAAAAGUGGAGAUGGCAGUGCCGGCCCCAGGCUUCCUAGGUGACCCAGUCACCUAGGUCAGGCACUUGUGCAACUCGCACAGACACGAGUAUCUAGGGGUGAUUCCGAUUUGCCCCCCACCCCCCAGAGACGGAGGAACUCAUUUCCCUGGGAUCGGGACGACAGUUUCCAAGAAGGCGUGCAGAUAGCUCCGAAUGCUGCAGCUUCCAUUUUAGGAGUGGUUAUGAGCACAUCCCGGUCCCUUUCCAUGUCCUGCUUCCUGCGCACAUUCUCUCCACCCUAAAUAGAUUCUACGUCCCAAAAACCAGUAGCCUUGGGAGAGCGGCCUGUGCCUGGGGAGGAAGAUGCCAAAAUACUGUUUGUGUCUCUAAGUGGUACCGUCAUGUCAUCUGCUCUAUAGAUCUAUAGUUUUUGCCAGAGUUGUUUCUCCCUAUCCGGAAUCUAAAUAAUGAAUAGAAACUAAUUUAUCUGAGUAUAGGAAUCAUAUACCUACUUGUAAUUUCUAACUCCUUAUGUUUCGAGAGAGAUCCUCCAGCGUGAGAUAUAUGAAUAUAUUUAAUUGUGUCAGAUUAAACUUUUG